GCCAUAGCAACAAGGAUGCUAGGAGACCGAGCAGGCAGGGAACUACAUCUCCCAGGAUGCCACGGGGCGGCGAGACUCCGGCCAUGCUCCCGGGCGUUCUCCCCCUGGUUCCCGACCGCGACCGCGGCCCCCGAACUACCAAUCCCGUCGUCCCCUGCGCGCGCUUCCUACUCCCGACCAAUCAGCGGCGAACAGGUCGCUAAGUGGGAAAGGGGAGAGAAGAAGAUGGCGGCGAAAGGCGGCGGAGGAGGCGGCAGCGCGGGCAGCAAGAAUGGGAUCCUGGACAAGUGGAAAAUCGACGACAAACCUGUCAAAAUAGACAAGUGGGAUGGGUCAGCUGUGAAGAAUUCAUUGGAUGAUUCUGCCAAAAAGGUUCUCUUGGAAAAGUAUAAGUAUGUGGAGAACUUCUGCUUAAUCGACGGCCGCCUCGUUAUUUGCACGAUCUCCUGCCUCUUCGCCAUUGUGGCUUUAAUAUGGGAUUACCUUCACCCCUUCCCUGAGUCCAAGCCGGUUCUUGCAGUUUGUGUUGUAUCAUAUUUUGUAAUGAUGGGGAUACUGACCAUCUAUACGUCGUAUAAAGAGAAGAGCAUCUUCCUCGUCGCCCAUAGGAAAGAUCCGGCCGGGAUGGAUGCUGACGACAUCUGGCAGCUCUCCUCGAGCCUGAAAAGGUUUGACGACAAAUACACCUUGAGGAUGACGUUCAUCAGCGGCAGAAGCAAGCAGCAGAGGGAGGCAGAGUUCACCAAAUCCAUCGCCAAAUUCUUCGACGGCCACGGCACGUUAGUCAUGGAGGCCUUUGAGCCCGAAGUCUCCAAGCUCCACGACAGCCUGCUCCCGGAAAGGAAGAGCAAGUAGGCUGCAUCCAAGGACCACCAUCCCGCUGGGCUCGUGCUGCGUUUAAGCCAAUAAAGCAAAAUAGCAACGAAUGAUGUUAGCCUCUGUUCGUGUCCUGGAAUCCUCUCUGCCCUUCCUCUUCCCCCGCCCUCCCCAAGAGUAAGGAUUUGACAUCUAGGACAAGUUGUUCAAGACUGGAGCCUGGCUUUGCCUGGCUUUGGGUCAGUGUCUUCAAGCUACCUUGUCGGAUUGCUUGGUUUUGAAAGCUAGCCCGUCUUUCGAAGGCAGCUGUGCACCAUGGCCCUGCUCAGCACUCGAGCGUGGCUGGGUUUUUCUUUUUUGUCCCAAGAUGGCCGGGGGUGUGUGUGUUAUUUUCAGGGCAAAACAAGCUUUAUUAAACCAGCUCUGUUUAUUGGCAAGUAAGUUUUCUUUACUUUUCUAUUCAUCAGGCAAGCCAAAUGGUUCACAUGUGUUGUUUUUUAAACAAAACGGUUUAUUAGGUGGGAUAAAAGCUUGUUUUUUGGGGGGGGGUUGAUUUGAUUUGAUUUGAUGUUUGUUUGUUUUUUAAAGGCAGGUUAGAAAGCUAGAUAAACCUGCUGGGGUGUAUUUCAGAACAAAGGCAACUGCAGAGCAUAUAUAAGAAAAAAGCAAAGAGAAUUUUACAAUCCAUUUCAUCUGUUUUGUGUCUCACCUGGUGCAUUUUUUUCAUGCUGAACAGUCUCUUCCUUCUGUCCCGUAUAUAAACUGCCAUUUUCUAAAAUGAUUUUUUUCCAAUAAAAGGAAUGAGCUUAUGUGAAAA